AUGGACAACCUGACAUUCACAAACAACAUUCUCCUUGUGGAGGGACUGAAAGUUACACCUCAGGCUUCCUAUCUUGUUUUCAUCUUGCUUUUCUUGUUUUAUGUCUUUGCAAUGGGAUGUAACAUUGGACUAAUAAUUCUGAUUGCAAGAGAGAAAAACCUACAUCAUCCUAUGCAUUUUCUGUUCUGUAACCUGCCAGUGAAUGAUAUAAUAGGGACUACUGUCAUUUUACCACGCUUAAUGCAGGACAUUUUUAAGCAGCCCUCAGAGCGCUAUAUAUCAUAUGUGGAGUGUGUUAUUCAAGCAUAUUUUGUUCACAUAUUUGCAACAGCAAGCCACACGGUAAUUAUGAUAGGUCUCACUGUACGCUUGUCUCGCUGCAGAUCUAAAAUUGAAAACCCUUUCUGUGACAACGCCUCACUUUAUAAAUUAUCGUGUGACAAUGUGGCCAUUAAUAACAUGUUUGGAAUUGUUUAUUCUGUGGCAGCACUCAUUAUAUCAGUGACACUGAUGUUUGUAACAUAUAUCAGGAUUGUUACUGUAUGUAUAAUUAGCAAAAACAAAGCACUCAACAGUAAAGCCAUAAAAACAUGUGGCAGUCACAUAGCUGUUUAUUUAAUAAUGUUUGUUUCUUGUGCUAUCAUGAUUUUUCUUCAUCGUUUUCCUGAAUACUCUGAAAACAGGAAGCUAGCUAGUAUAAUGUUCCAUAUUGUACCACCAGGACUAAAUCCCGUAGUAUAUGGUUUACAAACCAAAGAAAUAAGACAAAAGAUUGUUAAACUGUGGUGGAAAAAAAGGUUAAUAUGUUGUGACUUAUUUUAG